UGAUGAUAUCUUGAUAUUGGAACUUGCCAUUGACAGAGUUUCCCAAAAUGGGGAAAUUAAACUAUUGCUUGGUGAAGAAGAAAAAGAAGUUUCACCAUGUUGCCUUCUCCAUUGUCUUACUAAUGAUGGAAGACUUCCCAUUUUCCAUUUUGCUAGGUAACUCCCCAGCUGUUUCAACCUAUAUGAGAUUAUUUUUCAAUGGUUUGAACUGGUUUCUUUGCCUGACGUUGAUCAUUUUUUCUGAAGGAUCUAUGAAUUAAUAUAAAUGUCUUUGUAGUGCUACUGUUGCUUCAGUGUCACCCCAGUCUACUGAUUUUGAAGAAAAAAAAAUGACACUUCUAUAGUGGCAUGGCAUCAUCACAAGAUGUGCUAGUUGAAUGUUUUAGUGCUAGGAAGCAAAUCAACCAAGUGGAUUCAGGGCUGCAACCCCCUGAAAUAGACAGAGGUCACAAAAAAAUUUCAGCAAAUGCUCAAUCAUCUGCAACAGAAAAAUUUAGCUCAGAAGAAGUGGUUAAAACCACAAAUCAGAACCAAGGUGCAAAUUUGGAGAAGUCCACAUCCAAAACAUCUGUGCCUGUGGAUGCUGGACGUGUGAAUAAUUUUAGGACACAACAAACUCAAGAAGUAGCUGAAGUUAAACCUCGUACAAUUUCUUUCUCAGGAAAUUCCUUAGGUAAUUUUUCCAUUCCUUCAAUUGGGCCAAUUGCUGGAACUGGCAGUGUCAUGGAGUUACCUGUAAAGAUGGCAUUAACAGGAUUUUCUACUGCUUCAUCAAACUCAAGCAAACUUCAAAUUUCUUCAAAAAGUGAUGAAACACUCUCAUUCCACGCCAUUUAGUGGUGAUCUAAGAAGAACUUUUGAUUCUUCUGAUAGAAAUUCUUCUAUUGCAAAUGAGACAGCUGCAACUUCAGUAUCAAUCGGUUCUUUCAAGCAAAGAGCCAUGGCGGGAGCAGGGAGUAUUGAAUCAUUACCUGCUUUUCCCCGCGCAAGGUUGCAAUCGCAGAAGGUUUUCCGUCGGAGCCUCACUUCACCAGGGAGACUUAUGAGGCAAUUCCAUCUAAUCAAUUCCAUGAUGUUGAAGAGAUGGCCAGGAAAUUGGAUAGUCUUCUAGAAGGUAUAGAAGGUGAAGGUGGGCUAAGAGAUGCUUCCAUCUGUGCUCACAGGAGUUCAGUUUUGGAAUUGGAGGAAGGUAUAGAGUGUUUCAGAGAAAUGCAGGAUAUGGAGAGUAAGCUUUCAUAUUCAUUCUCUACCUCAUCUGAUAUCUGGUAUGAUGCCAUGUUUCUUAAUGG